GCCCACGCUCAGUUAUCCUCGUCUGUAGGACGACCUUCCUUUGAUCUUUGACUUAAAUGUCUUCGAAUCAAUUGUUUUGACGGUCUCCCUGUUGUUUUUUUUCUACAUUGAUGUAUUUCUGGAGAAGAUAAAUUAGUUUGACAUGAGAGCUCUUCUAGUUUUGUUUGCGUUUCUUGUUUUGACGGACCAAGUGAGCAGUGGUAGAAGAAAACCCAAGCUACACGGUCGUUUCAGCCAAGCAAGACUGCCUGUCACCGGUAGGUGGGAUAUAUUUGCUUGGAUAAAUGAACAGAUUUUACGCCUGGGAAUUCCCUGACGGAACUUAUACCGUAAACAUCUUACAGUAAUUUUCCUUACCAUAGCUAUAAUACGCGAACAAUUUUGUCUCUCAUAAGUGUCAUAGCGGUCAUGGUGUUCAACGUUAAGUUCUCAACGUAUCUAAGGCAUUUUAGGUAUAUUACUCUUUUUAAUAGCUUGGUAUAAACGGUCUAAUAUACAACUUUGUUGGCUAACUUAGUGAGAGCAAACAUUACACCUUAGGCUAUUUGAACAAAGCAGGUACUAACUUUUUAUUCUAACUGUCGCGUUGUCGCUUAGUACCUGGUGGCCACAACUGAAUUUUUUCCUAGAAAUUUUACUUAGUAAAGGUAACUCGCACAUUUAGCUGUUUUCGGUCCUUUCCUGUUUAGCAGCUUUUUACGCAAUAAGCUCCCUUUGCCGAUUCCAAACUUUUAUUAUCACCAAAACCAAAAUUUUAAUUUUUUUAUUGAUACGAAAGAAAGUAAUGUCUUUACUGGUUGCCUCUAUUGGUAGCUGUAUUGGUAGAAACAGGAUUACCAAAAGCUGUUAUCUUGAGGCAUGUCAUAUGUGUCUGUAGAUUCGAAACUUAUUUUCACUGAAGGUUCCCGCGUAUCUACGUAUUCGCUAUUUUAUUGGGGAUUAAGAUAGAAUUGACAGUACCUCUCCCACAGAACUAUCAAGCCUUACACGAUCUUCACACAAAAAGCGACCGAAAAAAACUCACAGCUAAAAAAAAAAAGUAUAUUUUCUGUUGCAAAAGCGAGUGAAAGACACCCGUAAGAAUGAAAGAAGGUAAGAAUUGAAAUUGCUCGAAAAUUUAUCUCCGAUGUAGUACACAAGAAGCUAUAGUAUCACAAUGAGUUAAAUCCUACUCUUAGAGUGAGUGAUUAAGGUAACCCUUUCCACAAGGACUAGACACGUUAAUAGCCAUCAACAACGUAACAUCUAGAAACUUUGGAAAAGAAAUUAUCAACGUGGUUUAAGAACAUACCUCUGGAUAAUAUUUUAAUAGAAAAAUAAAUAAAUAACUGUCAUUCCGUUUUCACACUGAGUAUUGUAAAGAAAGCAAUCAUAUUGUAGUACUUAACUAAAAGACAUGGUCAAAUGAAUCCAAAGGAUCAAAAUGAAAUGAAAAUACAAUGAGCGUAGUAGUUGUCAACUAUUUGAGAUGCAAUAUAUUUUUCAUUUAAAACUGCAAAUUAUCAGACUGAGCAAUUACGGACUGAGUAAUACGCGUGGAAUAUAUUAGAACAUUUACACUUUGAGUUCAACGAAACAAACGGUCAUUCGCGACCAUUUUUUUAAAACUCAAUGCCUAAAAUAGUAGGCGCUCCUCAAAAACUAAUUACCCAUGAAGCUUCAGUAAAAAAAAGCUGAAUAAACGUUUUCUUGCAUUUCUUCUCCAGAUCUAGGUAAAGAAAAAAAGGCUAGUAUACCAGGGUUACCAUCAGGAAUACCAGGUGUUUCUGUUCCUUCCUCCAGUGGAAAUGACUCGGUGAUACGUAAGUAUAGCCACAAGUUUAGAAUUUUCGACUUCAUUUUUAUGCAUUUCUGUUACCAAUGACCUAAUAGUGUUAUUGGCUUCGCAAACUUAAUACAGCCGUUUAUGUUCAUUUGCACGGAAUCGUUUCAUGGUUUAAGGACUGGGAAAAAAUUUCUGCCAUAACGUUUAAUUAUAUCUAAACUGCGCUAGAAUUAUGACGUGUAAAGGAAAUUUAAAAUUUUACUCAAUACCUGAUAACCUGCUCCCAAGACAGUGUCAGUGAGCCAUUGUUGAACUAAUGUUCGGCAUUCUAACGACUGGAGUAUGUCGAAUAACCACAGAAGAGAGUGUACUAUUACGCCACUAGCAAAAUUUUCCAAAACCUUUGGACAAGUUUGAAGUGUUCUAUCGUUCAGCAGAAAACAAGUGCAUCUUUUAUUACACUUAAGGUUUAUUUUGUGAAUUAAUCUUUGGCCUGAGUUAACCAUUUUUCCCUCGUUCACUCAGCUGUGAUAACUGGAAAUAACUCAGUUGUUCACGCUGCAACUGUCGGAGCCUAUGCAGGAGCACAAGCGGGAGCUAAUAGUGGCGCUAAAGAAGGAGCCAAGACUGGAGCUAAGGCUGGAGCCGAAGCAGGAGCCAAGGCUGGCGAGGAGGCAGGGUUGAAAGCUGGGGAAGAGGCUGGAAAACGAAUAGCUCACAUGAUAGCACUGGAAACUGUUCAAAAGCUAUUAAUGGCAGAGGUGCAGAGUGGUGGCGUUUUCAACAUCAUCGGACAGCACCCCACUCAGAAGCCGACUACAGCAGCAGGUGGAGGAGGAGCUGGUGGAGGAGGGGGAGGCGGUGGAGGUGGUGGAGGUGGAGGUGCUUCUGCAGGAACAGGUGCCACUGCAGGAACUGCUGGGACGGCUGGUACUGCUGGGACUGCAGGAACUGCUGGAACAGCGGGUACCACGGGCGGGGGAGCUGGAGGAGGCGGAGGAGGAGGCGGCGGCGGAGCUGCAGGGGCUGGAGCAGGAGCGGCAGGGGGAGGAGCGGCAGGGGCUGGUGGUGGUGAAGAAGGCGAAGGGUUGAGUGGAGUUACCACCGGUCUACCCAUAAUUAAUGGCGUUAUGGGUUCAGCUGGGGCCGGAGGAGGGGCAGCAGCUGGAGCAGCAGCUGGAGCAGCAGCAGGAGCAGGGGCAGGAGCUGCAGCAGGGGCAGGGGCAGGGGCAGGGGCAGGGGCAGGGGCAGGAGCUGGUGCUGGUGCUGGUGCUGGUGCUGGUGCGGCAGGGGGUGCUGUAGCUGGUGGUGCAGCUGGUGCAGCUGCAGCUAGCAUAGCAGGAGCAGGAGCUCAAGCUGGUGGAGGUGCAGGUGCUGUAGCUGCAAUAUCAGCGGCAGUGAUGGCUGCUGCUACGGCUAAGGCAGCCGCUGCAGUAAGCAGUAGUGGAGCAGCAACUGCAUGUAAGUCGGCUACUCAUUAGUACCAGCUGGGAAUUUGUUAGGAAGUUUAAAUGUAACAAGUAUCAGAAAUACCCUCGGGUAUGUCCUUGAAUAAAACCUCGCAGUCACCAGGCCUUCUCCCCAUGCGCCUAUGGAUGGGAAAUAAAGCUACAGAUAAAUACAAUCUUGACUUUUUUAUUAUAUUUUACAGUCUAUCAUGGCGCCAUGUAUAUGAUUUAUUCUAUAAAUCAUCCCGCCAUACAGAACUACAGAAGUAACGCCCAGUUUUAUGUCCGAGGUGAAACUCUCUUACUUGGACCAAAGGGCCAAUACUUUAUCGCUCACGUUCCAGGAUUUAGUCGCGAUCGAAACACAAUCUCACUGGAGUCAUACUGCAAGAGAGGUUACUUCUUAAGGCAGAAGAAGUAUGGUUUUAUGCUCAGAGCCACACAUGCAAGCUUAAAUUUUGGUAAGUUUUUAUGAUACUUAUAAUGAUAAUAUAAUAACAUAUGCGGUUAUAUAAAUUCGAUAGUCAGCAGUUAGUUCAGUUAAGCGGUUUCUGUGUCCUCAGUAGAUCACUAACCCAUGGUGACGUCAAAAAGCGGCACCAUAUUAAGCGGUCGGUUUUCAAAGUCUCGAAAUUUUUUCUGCUUAAAUACUGUAAUUUUCACCUUUAUUAAGUGUUCGUGAUACCCUUUACUAAGUCCCAAUGGCCUGCUUGCCUCGUCUAACACCUGUAUUGAAUGGUCCCUUAAGGCAUAAGCACUAAAUAAAACUAGUAAUAAUCUGCAAGUGAAAUUUGAAAUUAAUCCUGAGAUUAGCGUUUUUAUUAUUUUGGAGAGAGUUUUUUCAUAUUAAGUGGUCGUUUAAAACAUAGAAUGGCGUUUUUUUCUUGUUUUUAUAAUACCUCUAUUCUGUGGAUCCUCCAUUGUGCAGUCACCCCGCCAUUCCACGUGAUCGACCACUUAAUACAGGUCGACUGUAUAUGAAAAUUACCAUUACAGCUCGUCAACUUUUUCAUAGAACCGUGGGAACAAGAAUUGCACUUUAUUGUGUGGUCUGAUCGUCUGGAUUAGGGUAGUCUGGAAAUUAGCAGUUAUCGACUGUUACUCACUAUUUGGAAGCGUAAGUCACUGUCGCCAAAGUCUCUCCUUUCCAGGACUACCCGACUAGAUAUGGUUUACACUAAGAAUCAAAUGGGGAAAGAUAUAUGACCUUAAAAUAAUUUCCUGUCAAUUAUUAUAGAAAUAAGUGAUAGUCAAAAAAGAAUAGUUUAAUCUGUCAUAAUUUGGACUGACAUUUGCAUUUAUUUCCUAGCCAAAGACGCAACGUUUUACAUUGGUCGACGGGAGCAUUUAAAAGAUACCUUUUCCUUUGGUUUGAUUCAUCAAGGGUGGUAUCUCACAGCGUCAGACAAAGUUAGAUCUGAUUCGUGGAAAACAAUGGCUGCCUAUGACAACAAAACUAACGAGUUUGCACUCGAAAGUUCCUACGUCGUGGUUCCUUUUUCGAUGGACGACCCAAAAAUAAACUGCGAAACUAUAGGCCCACAAGAACCAGAAGAACCUGAGGUGCCGCCAAGUAUACCAGGACAGCCUCCGAGUAUCCCUGGCGAGCCGCCACCUCCGGCACCCUCCCCGCCUGCACCCUCCUAUCCUGGACAACCUCAAUACCCACCAGGACCAGCCGGAAGUAAUUAUCAACUAAAUAAUCAAUAAGGCAUCGCGGCAGCUAUUUCUUUGAACACAAAUUUCACAAUUUUUUCUUUUAGACAUGAUAUUAACACAUCAUGGCAUAGAUACUUUAAAAUAAAUAAUAGCUGUGUUUUUCAACAGUAAUGUAUAUGAAAAAAUUACGCUCUUCUGAUCGACUGAAAACGAGUGGAUUCUCGUGUAAUGCGAGUGAACAGUUGUAACACGAGUGCAAAUUACAAAUAACGCUCAAAAUUUCGUCUUCCUUGACUUUCUGCGAUGUUUUUUAAUGUGCGUGCAUUUUUUUUGUCUUGUAUACUCAUGCUAAUUUACACCAAAUUGCACUCGAAAUCAUGUUGUUACCCAUACGAAAUGGUAUUUUCAGAUUAACAUGUCAUUAUAAUUUAUAGUGAAAUAUUUCACUUUAUAUCUCACCACCCGCGAAAGGCUGAUUUCUGUAAAAACAUGUGUACUUAAGAGUGAUGUACUUCAAGUUAGGCCUGCGCUGUCGGAAUGAAAAGAAAACCAAUGCUAGCUUUAUAUUGGAGGCAUGUGAUUUUCGUUUAUCUUACUUUUGUGGCUUAUACCACGUCAACUUCGUCAAUAAUUGUUUGCCUGAUUUUUCCGGUAACUUAACUAUACUAACGUUAUGUUCAAAAUUUGUAUCUCCCCAGGUAAAUGUAUAGCGCUGCGGUUUAUUAACAGUGUUGGUCAUCCAUUCAAGUUAAUUUCAGCAAUGAAGCCAGAAGGUUGGCUUGUCACGGGAGAAGAGUUUAGAAUCAGACUAACAUUCAAAGACCCUAAUCUCCACAAAUUUGUCACUUUUAGAGGAGAAGACCCCUACGGCCAAUACAUACUUCACUUAGAUGGUGACAAAACCAUUUCAGUUAUGCCUAGAACAGACUGCUCAGAUUACAUAGACGUACAGGUGACUGGUAUUCCGGGUGAGUUGUGACGCAAUAACAGUUUAAAAGCAGAAACAGGUCUGGUGAAAUGGUACAAACACAACACUAAGUGAUCAAUGAGCUGUAAAACCACUAUUGAGAUUUCCUUAACAAGGAACAGCUGAUAAAUAUCAUUGCACCAAAAGACGUUGAAGAAAAAAUCAGGCCUAACAGUUAACAACUGAUAGUUAAGUGUUGUCAUGUGUUGUUAUGAAGAAGGUUUUCAAAACGAUAAGACUUUUUGGUUGGGGUCUAAUCAAGGCCAUGUAUUUCGAUCUAUACAUCUAUCUGGACAACAACAACAUAAUGUGACAAGCUGUUUAUAUAUUUUCAUGUUAUUCUUUCAGUACCAGCGCCAUCAAUUCCUCCCCAGGUAACACCAGUACCAACCCCUCCACCACCUCCCCCAGCUUCCCCACCGCCCCCUCCUCCACCUGCACCUAUGCCACCACCACCUUCUCCACCCCCGCCUCCACCACCACCAGUGUUGGCUCCACCAUCUCCGCCACAGCCUCCCCCCGCACCUCCACCAAUUACCCCUCCAGCAGCACCUGCUCCGCCGCCGCCACCACCACCACCACCAGUAGCACCGCCAGCAGCACCGCCAGGAGCACCGCCAGCAGCACCGCCAGCAGCACCGCCAGCAGCACCGCCGCCAGCACCGCCAGCACCUCCAGCACCGCCAGCGCCUCCGGCAGCAGUGCCCCCACCAGCACCUCCAACGCCAUCUCCAACUACAGGUAAGUGAUGGAAUGUAAUUGAUAUCUUUUUUCUAUUUAAUUCGAUGACUUGUUGCAUGCGUGAAAAUUUCAGACAGUAAACAAGGUAAUUUUGGUCAUUUCGUUAUCAUAAUAUGUACGGGUAGUAUACGAGUCGUUUCGUGCUCUUAUGAAAUAACGAAGUGAAGCUGGCACCCUGAAAAUGUCUUGUGACCGAAAGUGACUACAAUACAGUCUUGCUGAAUAAUUUGCCAAACGGAUGCAUAAGGCGGAUUGCAUUUGGUGUUAAUUUUAUUACCAAUUUAUUAAAUUCUAUUCCGGCCGCUCCACCACCGGCAAAUACUACAGCAGCUAGUUAGUGUGGGGAUGCUUUUUGAAAUAUGUUGUUUGUGAUGUGGUAUUUGCAUUUCAAUAAUGUAAUGAUGCCUUUGUUAUUGUCAAAUGCCUACCUCAACUACUUAUUUGGUGCAAAAAUAGGAACAACUCCUUUAAUGUUCUUGAGCCAUUUUUACAACUAAAUGUAAAUUUGGCUUCACAAACUUGAUUGAUUUAGGAAACUAUUAUCAACAUUUUCUCAUAUUCCAUUAUUAAGAAGUUGUUGUAAUAGCGUAACAACAGUGGAGAUAAAUUAAUUUUUUAGUUUUUCAAUUGAUUUAUGUGAUACUUUUUUGUUCCAAUAAUAAUAAUAAUAAUAAUAAAAUAAUAAUUCAGCGCCAAAAGGAAGCUCGGUAUAUACUAAAUAUAAAAUAACGCGAGGUGAUUACGACAUUCAUUUCACUCAAACCCGAGUCGUUAUACUUUUUCCCUUUGAGAAAUUCGUCCAAAAACCAUUGUGAUUAUCCAUAUUUUCGUUUCUUUCUCUUGUUUUUCAGGUGGAAAAGAUGUGCACUAUCAUUUCCAUUAUCAUCCUGAUGGUAAAUAUUCCUUUCGUAAUCUAACCUUUACUACCCAUUUUGCCAACAAAUUAAGUAAGGCUUAAUGGGUAAUAUUUAACGUUCUCUAUGCAAUUUUCUGUAUUUGUAGAAGUCAGUUAGUGGGAUAAUUAUUCAUGACACACAUCAGAGUCUUCUCUAAUGCUUCUAAUUCCAUUUAUCUGGAUUCUUUUUAAUCGCGUAGGAAUUUUCAUGAAAUAUCAAGUAACUCUUUGAUGUAAAAUGGCCCAGAUCCACAAAAAUUGCAUGAGUAUAGAAUCUCGUGUUAUAGGCACGUUACUUUGAAAGGGAAUUGUUGCGUCACUCAAACCUUACAGUGUAAAACGUUUUGACGUCCACUGGGUAACUGACUGGCUCAGCCGCGAAAGCGAAUUCCUAAGGUAGAUAAUGUGUUAAUUUUAAGAACUAAAAUGUGCAUGUAACUCUGAAAAAUCUUGCGAAACUUCUGACGGAACAAAAGAAGACGAUACAAACUAACCUGACUUUGAAACUCCUUUGCAUUGUGGCGAUGCCAACUAGCACGAGAGUCUAAGUAGUAAUAAUUUUAACCACAAAAACGCAUCAAAUUGCUGUUAUAAACAAGAGUUCUCGGCAAUUUGGACCAAAAAUUAAAAUGAUAAAGCUGGAUUUCGCGGCUGCAGCAAGCAGUUUCCAUGACACUGAGGUUGGAGGCAAGACGCAAAAGGUAAGAAAUUUCCUUCCUUCCUUAUUGUUAUUCAAUUUUUUAUUCAAAAAUCAAUGAAAUGAGCCAUUUGAAAACCAAGUUCACUAAAUAAGUUAUUUUUCCUUAGGUAAGAUUCACUCCUGCCCGAUUAUAUGCCAUGCAUCACAUUCACCAUGCCACCCUUCGUGUCCCAUCACCUGCUGCAAUGCUGAAAGUUACGAUGAAAUCGAAUCCACUAACGCUCUUAAGCAUUCAGAAAUACCAGUUGCUAUCUCUAGUAGAUCAAAAGUCAAUCGAGAGAGUUGCAGCUGCCUUAUGGAGUGCGAUGGACCCACGGCAGUGAAUAAUGGAACCUGUCACGAAAAAUGUACUUGCCAUCCUGACGAUAACGAUGCCCUCUCUGUAGCACGGAAGCCUAUCUACCCCCAUACACAAAUAAAAAAGCCCCGAAAAAAGUUCUUGCACCCGCAUUUUGGCCACAAGGAAACGAAUAGAAUUCAAGAUUUAUUUUCGAAAUGGAUACAUGAAUACGGUGAUGGAUUUAAAAAGGUGACUAAGGUGGACAAAACAAUAAAAGACGAAAGGUUCAAAUUUCUCAACAAUAUGAUGAGGAACUACCAACAUUUCCGGGGAAAAGAAAAAGCCUUGAGGCUUCUAGAGGAGGAACAAAGUGAGCUUAGGAAUCAACAGGAACAUUUGCAAAAUUUAUUGACGAAGCAAGAAAAAGCCUUGACUAGGACUGCUACUCAUAAUGAGGUUGCCACUCCCAGCGCAAUGAAGUAUGGACGGAAGAGGCCACAUGGUGACGAUGUUAAUAUCACCAUAACCACUAGCAACACAACCCAAGCGCCACCAACAACGCAAGCCCCCUUAAAUCAGCAAACUCUCUUUGAAAUUGAAGGCAUAAAGAAGCAGAUAUCAGAGAUUCAGGUGCAGUAUCAAAACCUAUCGAUAAAACAGACUCAACUUGCUGCAGAUUUAGAAAAAGAGCAAGCUCUUUUUGAGCAAGCAAGACAGCUUAUUGCGCUUCUCGUUAAGCAAAACCAAGGAGUUACAAAUUCUUCACCUGCUACUUCACAGACACAGUCAGACUUUGGAGGCAUGUUAAAUGACGAAGAGCUGCGCAAUGGAGGGCCGGCCCAAGGCUCUGAAUUGCUUAACCGGCUACAAAACGUCCUCUCACAGCUGGUGUUGACAGACGAUGGGACAGCGCUGCAAAAUGAUGGUCGACAAUUGAUGCUCCUUCAACAGAACCAAGACCAAGAUCAGUUUGAAGGAAUUAAAAACGGAAACUCCAUUAACGACAAAUCUGAAGAUGCUUAUCAGGAGUCAAAUAAUAUGAUGUACAGCAUUCCAGUCGAAGUUGAUCGCAGUGAUCUCAAUAGCCAGGAGCAAAGAAAUUCCUUAUUUGAAAGAAACGAGAUAGGCGAUGACGGUGAAAACGAUGAUGAAUACAUGCCGUUUGUCAUGGACCGAGACUAUUCCGAUGAAGAGAUUGAGCCUGAAUCUGCAACCCUCGAGAAAAAGACACUUAUUUCACCAAACUCAAAUGUCAAUACUCGCAAAACUAGCAGGAGAUCGAAAAAAUAUAAAAGUAAACUAAAAGAGAAAGACAAGUCAAGUGGUCAAACUAAAAAACACCGUGAUCGGAAAACUUAAGUUGUUAGGUGUUUUCCCAUCACUUAUUUCAGAGGUUUACCGUGUUAUCAUUGAUGUUUGUAUUGUAUGGUUACACAUAUUGUUCAAUACAAUGGUGAAACCGUUUUGCAUCAUAAUAGUCAAAUGAAAGCCAGUCAUUUCCAUAUGGCGUCCACAUAAUUCCACAAGUCAACCGAUCAAAUAUGAUUAAAGGAAAAUGAAAAAAAUGAUUCUCAAAACAUUUCAUAUGGUUCUCUGAAAGAGAGAGAUAUCUCUCUUAAGCAUUUUGUCCCUACGCCUGUGUUUCCUGAUAACAUUAACUCUAGGCUCGGUUGCUCAAAGGAAGUUAGCAUUAGGCUAAAGUUAAAGUUACUUGAUUUCUCCUCAAAUAAAUCGAACCUUAGGGCUCACAUUUUGUGAAGUCUUACCUAGGCGUAGGACAAAACUGAAAAGAAAAAUUAAAAACUAUUAAUACUUUCUGUAAAGCUACCAAACUAAAUUAAAAAUUGUUAACUGAACCCCAGUUAACUCAAUUGUACUUUGCACAACUCGGCCCGGCUGAGCUUCAAUUGGGUCUUCUCCUACUUAAAGCAAACAGUCUAUUAUGCCAGUCUCUAAUCCAGUCUUUUAUGCCACGGUCAUCACAUUGCGAUGGGCCUUUGGUAAGAAGAUAGUUUUUUAAUUUGCAAAGGGAUCUACGAGUCUAACGGUUGUAGUAAAAUCACUUGAUUCGCUAGCUCCCUCGACCAAUUGAAGACAUCGUGCCACUUCAGAACCAGGUUAUCUUCCGUUGUGAAUAUAGAGUACUGAGUUCACAAAAUAUUGUUGAGUAAAUGAGCUGUCUCUCUUAUAGGUCGGCCUUGAUGUUAAUAGCUCUUAAAACUUACAAUAUCUGGUUUUCCCUUUAACUUUCAUAUUAAUUAACAUAAGCUUUGGUUGGUAUUUCACAGUACUAGGAUGUGCCCCGACACAUGGUGGAAAUUCUGAGGGAGCAUGUUGCAUGUUCCCAUUCUCGUAUAAUGGAGAGCAGUAUAACAGUUGUACAGAUAUGGACAGCAACAAGUUGUGGUGUGCUACUACGCGAGAUUAUGACGCCGACCAAAAAUGGGGUCACUGCCAAAGUAAGUUUACUACUUACAUUUAUAGCAAAGAUUAUUUCAGAGGCAAAAAACGUACAGGCUGGUUUUAGAGGAAUUUAUUUCUUUCUCACACAGUUAAUGAAGAUAAGACCCCAAUUAAGAGAGGUAGUGCUUCAUCAUUGGCUGAUCCGAAUUUUGCGGUUUAUAUUUAAAAGAUUCGGAUCAUAAAUUAGCGAAAUUUGUUCCUGCCCUGCUAUCGUUACACAAAUCCUAGACGGUGAAUUUGUAAACCUGUGAUUUAAGAAGUCUGCAUUAAUGCUUUCAGGUUGCCAUCACACAUACGGCGGGAACGGAAAUGGAGCUUGUUGCCAGUUCCCUUUUGUUUAUAACGAUAUGAUCUAUCAUCACUGCAUUCGAGGAGACCAAGCUAAACCAUGGUGCGGCACAACGUACAAUUUUGACAGAGACGGCAAAUGGGGUUACUGUAAAGUAAAAGGUGAGGUAUCCAUCGGUAACGUAUAACUGAAUUAUCAGGGGUUUUCUUCGGUGAGUGUUUUACUUAGACAAAUUAGACUACCUCUUAAUCGUAACCAUCUAAAGCCAUGGUGCAUAGAUUCUGUUAGCAUUUGGCCCUCGGUCUCCCUUUGCUGACCCUUAUGUCAACCACAAUACACUCCUGACGGAACUGUUUUACUUGUACAAGACUGAAAGCACAAACACUGAUUGUAUAUUUUUGUUCGCAACGGAUUGCAUCGGGGCAAUUAUUUCCGAGGUUGCUCGUGUGCCAAUGGUUACAAAGGAUACCUCUCACUUUCUCUUUCUGAGGACUGCGAUCUGAGUUGCUCGACUCCUCUAAGAGUAAGUUCUCACUGCAAUUUGAAAGCCUCAGAUUUAGACAAAUUCACUUCUUCGUUUUCUGCUUGCUUACUCUACAAUGCAUGUCAGUUAAAACUGCGUGCACGCUAUUUAUCCACAGUUGCCAAGCCAAGGCCAACGGAAAGUAUCAACUUUCACGUCAAUGUACCGUGUCCGGGUAAUUGUCAAUCAAAGUGUGACGAAUCUUGUCCAGCCCAUUGUUGUUCCUCCACGAGCACCUGCCCGUCGUACUGCGCGCAUUCCUGCAAACCAGCCUGCCCAGAUGAGUGCUGCCUCUUUCCUUUACCGGUAAUUCAAAAUCCUGCACCUGCUCCUGCUCCUGCACCUGCGCCUGCGCCUGUGCCUGCACCUGCACCUGCACCUGUCCCUCCUCCUCCUCCUCCUCCUCUUCCACCCCCCCACCCCCCCCCCCCGUACCUCCAGCACCACCGCUGCAACUGCAAGCCCCUUCACCUCCUUCAAUUUUCAUUUCUGCUCCUUAUCCUCCACCACCACAACCUUAUGUACUACCAGCACCAUCCCAGACAUACCCAGUGGCUUUAGGACCGCCGGCUACCUGUCCAUCACUUUGUAACACUGUAUGUAUGGGCUCCUGUCCUGUGGCUUGCUGCACAAGAUUCGCCCCUCUACCAGCCACACGAGUCUAUGUUCCACCACUUCCACCCCACCCACAGCCAUACUACGUUCAGCCGCCACCUCCACCUUAUUUUCAGCCUCAGCAACAACCAUGGCCAACUGCAUGCCCAACGAUGUGCAGGUCAAAAUGCGUCAGCACCUGCCCCAUACAUUGCUGUCAAAGAUCAGUGCUAGACAACCUUAGACGCUUAGCAAAUUCUCGUGAGCAACACAAAAAUGUUGCAAAGUCGCUAACACCUGCCACACCAGGGUCAACUCCACAAGAUCGUCUUCAUCAAUCAGCGGACCAAAGAGAAUCAACCAGUGCCCCCCAGCCUCCUCCUAUCUCUCUAUCGCCUUUGUUAUCUUCCUCAAUCAAGUGUCCGGACAUUUGUUCACGGCAUUGCACCAGGGUAUGUUCACGUGAAUGCUGCGCGGAAAAAGACAAAGAUUUAACCUCAACCAGUGCGGAUGAUAAAGGCCACGUAAGACGCAAUAAAAUUCUUCAUAAGAGAAAACCAACGAAGAGACUUGUGGCUAACAAACGUAAAUUGUAAGGUAAUUUUCAAGCCGGAUUCGAAGAUCAUUGUGUGGAAUGUUGUCAACUGUUACUUCAGUCAACGAAAAAAAUGAUGGCUGUGGGACUCUUUUUCAGAAUAAUUGGUAUCCAUUUUUUGUUUUGUUCUGUAUUUUAAACAAAAGGUUACACCAAACACUAACGAUGAGGACACGUUGCAAUAGACAGUGAACUGACAAAACAGUACAACAACCCACUAACUUGUCUUCUGCACCUCUUAAAGCUAAUUUUAAGGGUACUCCUUUCUACAUGAUCAAAGCUAGCAUCGUGAACGGGAUUUAUGUACGACAUACUUAUCAAAGAACUGAAGUAGUGAUAUAGCCAAAGUGAGUUGAGAUAUCGAUCUUAAGCAGUUGUCACACCGAACAAACCUUCAUUAUAAUUGUCGCAUUAUUGUUGAACUAUUGUAGGUAUCCUAGAUUUAUCGAAAAAACGUUCCUUAUAACUCAUUAUUUGAUGAUUUCCAGUUAAUAAUGGUAAUAGUAAUGAAUUGAGUUCAAUUCGGUCUGUAAUCAUAUGAGUGAUUAACAAAAUUAUCGUAAUUAUCACGAUUAUGAUGACAAGAAGGCCUGUAACAUUAAAAAAAAAACAGUUUACUAGGCGAAGUGCACGACAACAGCACGCGCACAUGACUCGUACCAUCCACUUACACUGAGUGAGGCUUGACGUGUCGACGGUCCUAUUACGGUGUCCAAUUAUAAGGAUGACGCGUACACUGUCAAUUAGUGACUCAAUCGGGUUGGUGAUGACCAAUCACGUUCGAGAGUUUUUUUACAGUUUUGAUUGAUUAAUUUAUUAACCUUUGCUUUCCGGUUUGUUCGGAUUACCCUCAUGAUUACCUAGUCACCUAAAUUUGGAGGUUGUGAACUCUCCGUUAGUUCAUGGUCUGAUACAGUUGUCUGAUGGGACUGGUACUAACUUCUACCGAUCUUUCUUUCUUUUUCAACAGAAAAUAAUUGAGAGUACAGCAAGUUAACAGGUUUUGAGCGAGGAAUGGAUAUCUUCUCUUAUUUACAAGUGACAAUAGAUGCGACAUCAUUUCCUUUGCUUUAAAACAUAUAAAUACAUUUAUAUCACAUAUGAUUAGGAUAUAUUUCUUAUCUCAAUUGUUGGGCGGCCACGAAGACAGAGUCAAAUGUUGCUUCCUGACAAAAGCCUUAUGUAGCAAAACAUGACAGGUUACAAAAAUUUGAAAAAUAUUAGCAUGUAUCAUAGUUUUAAAGUAUUUUACUACAUCUCUCUCUGGAGUAUGGCUAUUCAUUCAUACUUCAACUUCAGUAAAACUCAG